AUGGCAGACGCGGUAAGGCAGGGGUUCAUCUGUCCAUUCUGUAUGACAGAUCUCGGUGACUUCCCACGUCUGCAGAAUCAUGUCGAUUCUGUCCAUCCCGAAAGACAGCAGGACCUUACUGACACUGUGAUCGACAAUGUGAAAGGAUUUUUCGACAAAGCAAAGAGGAGUAUGAAGAUCCUUGACGCAAAGAUGAGUGCGGAACUGUCCCAGGUGAAUAUCGGGGUUUCCAACAGUGUCGCCGAUCUAGCAUCCAUGGCCUCUGCUGUGCAGGAAAAGGCCAGGCCUACCCGCCCUCCUGUUGUGAUUCGACCUCCACCCGUGCGAGCUGAAAUAGGGGUUACUAGGUCACAAACGGAGUAUUUCCGUAAAAUUCGCGACUCUUCAGUAAAUGAAAGUGCAGUCAGGACGAAUAUGCUGAUCAUACGACUAGAUCGACUCAUCAAUGAGUGCCCUUGUGACCCCUCCAAAAGGAAAGAAUUUGAGCGGGAGGUAGUUCCAUGGUCUGCUGAUUCCGAAUCAUUGCACUGUACUCGAUGUGCUGCCAAAUUUGGAAUUGCCCGCCGACGGCAUCAUUGUCGACUUUGCGGACGAGUGAUGUGUCAUCAGUGUAGCCACUUUCUUUCAUUUCUCUCAGCUAGGAAAUUGACAAAUCCCGCGUUGGCUGCCGAGAUGCUGAACAACGAUGGCACUUCCGCGGCACCAGAAGCGUCACCAUCACAUAGCCGUCGAUUGUUGGAAAUGACACAGAAAACGACCGGAAAGGUGAUCUCGUUCAUUGAAGGAGCCGUUUCCAAGAUCCAGACGGCGGACGGCAGUGAAGUCAGUCUCGGCUCCCUACUCCAGCAGGAUGCGCAUGAGUGUCUACGAAUUUGUGGGUCAUGUAUGGCGGAUCUGAGUCGACGGGAGCAGAUGAUGGAGCAACGAAAUCCACCUGCACUUGCCGAGCAGUACGAAACCCUCGAUCGGAUGAUUGCGGAAGCGUCCGCUAUGGUACCGAGUUACACGCGGAUGUCCGAUAGCAUCAAGUAUGUGCUGGGAUAUUUGUUUGGCGCAAACGGAGAGACCAUGUACACGUUAGCAGCCGCUGAACAACUGCGCAGUCGACUGUUACAGAAGCAGCGUGAUAUCGACAAUCUGAGCCAGAGCAUUGUUGCGGAAACAGAAAACGAAAACUGUGGUGUAAAGGAGGCUCAGCUAAGGAAAAACAUCCGAUUUGCGUGUGUGCAAACCUUGCAGAACAUUAUGUCAUCGAUGGUCUCCCUACCAACUGCGCAACAAUACGAGAAAUUGGUUGAAAAUCAUAAGAAGGAAGUUGCUCGGCAAAUCGAAGAAUCUCGCAUGAGGGCUGUAAAUGAAACUGUUGGAAUUCGUCCCUCCUCGUCGCUUCCAUCCGUUGCUCUGAAAGAUCGGCCACCACUUAAUGCUGUCCGCGAACGCCCAAGAAAGCAGACUGACGAUGGAUGGACACCACAGCAGACGAAGAGCUAUAAUCCAUUCAUGGAAGAAGAGGACAGAUUACAUCCUAUGUUCGAGCAGAGAGACAUAAUAAAAGGGUACUUAACACAGGCGGCGACAGCGGGCCGUUUGGAAGAAGUGGAGAUGUUGGAGCGAAAUUUGCGAGACCUUGAAGGCGAGAUGCUGAAGAUGGGCCUGAUAUCGCCGACUUGA